AUGGAGCAAAUGAAGCCGGACGGACAUUGGUGUGGAGAAGUCAAGACAAAUGCAACUACUACUGCAGAAUAUGUUCUUCUGUACCAGGCUCUAGGACGAGACCUUCUUAGCGACCGAGAAGCGAUCAUCUCCUGGCUGCUCUCUGUGCAAGCAGCAGAUGGUUCUUGGAGCAUCGCUCCGGAAUAUCCAGGGGACAUCUCAACUACGGUGGAGGCUUACCUUGCUUUGAAGCUGCUGGGUUUCCCAGAGGAAAGCCGCCAGUUGAAAAUGUGUCGCGAUUUUGUCAUCUCAGCUGGAGGGGUCGCCAAAGUUCGCAUAUUUACCCGCAUCUACCUCGCCAUGUUCGGCCUGUUUCCCUGGACCGCAGUACCAGAACUGCCCCCUGAGUUGAUCCUCGUACCAUCGAGGCUACCGAUAAGCAUUUACCAAUGGUCUGCCUGGGCACGGGCAACGAUUGUACCGCUUCUCGUCAUAUCUCAUCAUCGCCCUAUCUAUGCGCUGCCGAAUGGGAGGUCUGAAUCCAACGUAUAUCUUGACGAAUUAUGGUGCAACCCAGCCAGCAAGAACGUUCCAUACACCACUGGCUUUUUGAUGUCGUGGAAAUGUGAUGCCAUCGCUUUUGCGUUCAAAUUGGUUGACUUUUCUUUGCAUCGCUUGAACGGCCUCAGAACUUUCAAUCCUGUCCGCCAGUAUUCUCUUCGAAGGUGCAUUGAUUGGAUCCUCGACCACCAAGAGGAAGCGGGAGAUAUCGGUGAUAUAAUGCCUUCGCUGCAUGGUGCUAUGUUCGCCCUUAAUCUAGAAGGCUACGGGUUGGAUUCAGACCCUAUCCGUCGAGGACUGGAAGCCAUUGAACGUUAUUCGUGGCGCGACCGCCUAGGAAAACGGAUCCAAACUACAGUCUCCGCCUUCUGGGAUACUAGUUUGAUGAUCAUUGGCCUUACUGAUGCGGGAAUACCACAGAAUAAUCCUAUUCUAUCAAGAUCCGUGUCAUGGGCUCGUGGUCGACAGAUUCUCGACAGACAUGGUGACUGGGCGCUAUACAACCCCAACCUUGAGCCUGGAGGCUUCUGCUUUGGAUACUUCAACACCUGGUACCCCGAUGUGGACGACACAUCGGCGGCCGUUGUGUCAAUGAUUAGACACGACACUCAAUCCUUAUGUUCGUCCCAUGUCUUACGCGCAUUGAAAUGGCUUCUUGGAAUGCAGAACAAAGACGGGGGCUGGGGAGCAUUUGAUCGAGACAAUACAAAUUUGUUUCUGAACAAGAUACCUUUCAGCGACAUGGAUGCUCUAUGUGAUCCGUCUACUCCUGAUGUUACCGGCCAUGUCCUUGAGGCAUUCGGGCUCUUCUUGUCAACCAGUCGGAAGCACAACAUACAGGCCGGUGAAAGCCAGCUGAUAGACCAUCUAACAGCGGCUUCCCAAAGAGCGAUUGAUUACCUUUCUAGUAUGCAGGAACCAUCAGGUGCCUGGUAUGGACGCUGGGGUUGCAAUUAUCUAUACGGAACAAGUGCUUCUCUUUGUGCCCUUCAAUACUUCAUCGGUAAUACCGAGAAUAACGCCUGGUCUGGGGGGGACGACAGCAUCCUUGACGAUGUCAAGAAUGCAACAACAUGGCUGGAGGCCACUCAGAACCAGGAUGGUGGCUGGGGUGAGACAUUACACUCGUAUGAAGAUCCUCUUCGAGCCGGCUCGGGUCCAUCAACCGCAUCACAAACAGCUUGGGCGCUUAUGGGUCUUCUCCCUUACUCAUCGCCAUCGAAAAGAACCAUCUUAGAGGGGGUGGAUUAUCUGCUGAGAACACAGAAGGAGGCAAGUCCCCAUGGGGCGACGUGGCAAGAGGAUCAUUUUACUGGGACUGGAUUUCCGAGCCACUUUUAUAUGGGGUACUCGUUUUACCCACAUUAUUUUCCGUUGAUGGCGCUCGGCAGGUUUGCAUAUGCACUAGGACUGCAUCCGCUGAGAUCAUUUGAAUCAUCUCCACGUAUUCAUGUUUCUGAGGGCAAGUUGGGCGAUCAGCGUCCCACGAUCCACCACGCCUAG